UCGUGGAUUUCGUGCUGCCUGUGAAACUUUCUUUUUGUGUAUUUAAGGAAGACGGAUUCCCACCUGCUUGCUCUAGUCAAACACAUUCACAUCAUUCUUCACAGCAGAUAACAACAUAUCUACUCAUACUCAAAACCUUUCAAUCUCGCAAAUUCCACCAACAAAUUCCAGUCAACAUGUCCUCCCUCCCCAAGCGCGUCUUCAUAGCCAUCACCUCCGCCUCCGCACCCCUGGGUGACGGCCAAACCGGCGUCUUCAUCAGCGAAGCGCAGCACCCGUUCAACGUCUUCCGCGCCGCGGGGUUCGAAGUCGACAUUGGCAGCGAGCAUGGCAAAUGGAGUCCCGAUAGCCUAAGCCUGACGGCGAAUUUCAUGAAUGACGAGGACCGGAAACAGUAUGAAGACCGCGAUUCCGAGUUCCGAAAGGAAAUGGAUCGGAAUAGAAAGGCUGAGGAGUUUGAUGCUUCAAAGUACGGAAUCUUCUUCGCCUCCGCCGGCCACGCCGCUCUAAUCGACUUCCCCACCGCCAAACACCUCCAAGCCCUGGCCUCGAAAAUCUACGCCGCCGGCGGAAUCGUUUCAACCGUCUGCCACGCCCCCGCAAUCUUCCCUUCGAUCCUCUCCGCCACCGACAACACGCCCAUUGUGCGCGGCAAGAAAAUCACCGGCUUUACUACCCAGGGCGAGCACGAUCUCGGCGUCUACGAUACGCUCAAGGGAAUGGGACUGUUGCUUCCUGAUGAGCAUGCGGCGGCGCUGGGCGCAGAGUAUGUGAGGAGCGAAGGGCCUUGGGAUGAUUUUAGUGUGGUGGAUGGGCGGGUUGUUACGGGGAUGAAUCCGCAGAGCGCGGCGAGUACGGCGAGGAAGUGUUUGGAGGUUUUUAAGGGGCUUUGA